UCUUGUAAGUUCAGCCAGGGAUUUCUGCUUCUCGUUUGCUUUGGCAGCGAAGGCUGGGAAAACCUGGGCGCCGGUUCCAAGAAGCUGUGUGCAACAACAUCCUUCUGGGUUUCCCAGCCCCUCCCUCCGCUUUGAGUCCGGAUCUUGCUUUCCAGGCUUCAGCAGGAAGAGGAGAGGUUCAAACAAGCCCAUUUUAUUGCCGGCAGCCGACGCCUCUUGCAUCCCAGCCGUUGAUGCAGAACUGACGUCUGGGAGGAAGGGAGGCUGCGUGGAAACCCGAAGCGGCUCGAGACCAGUCUGGGUGCCGGGCUCCUUUUCGCAGGGUGGGUGGAAGGCAGGCAAGCAGGCAGGCGGGGCUGCUUGCUGGGGAGCAGAAACCGGUCACUCCUCCCCGCUCUCCUUUCCCCUCCUCGCCGCACUGCAAGGGGGUGGCCCUUGGAAACACCUCGGUUUAACCUACACGCUAUAAAUACAGAGCAAAGCGACAGGCAGCAGCGAGGAGGAGGAGAACCGGAUUGUCCUCCCUAUUUGCAAGCCACGCUCCCUGAGGAGAAACCUGUGGAGCCAUAUUAUUUACUCUGAGGAAAAGGAGCGGGAAGCCUUCCGCCGUGCCUUUCUUUUUGGGAAACCUGAGGCGGCCUCCUCGUCGCCUGUCCGGCUGACCCUUUUUCCUUCCCUGGGCCAGCUGGGAACCCCCGUCUGCCUUCCGCCUUCAAGAUGAUGCAGAUCUACGACUCGUACAGCCAGAAGCACUCGCUCUUCAACGCCAUGAACCGCUUCAUCGGGGCGGUGAACAACAUGGACCAGACGGUGAUGGUGCCCAGCCUGCUCCGCGACGUGCCUCUCCUCCUGGAGGAGCUGGACUCGGGCGGCGGCGGCGUGGAGGCCGAGGCCCAGCUGAACGGCACCCACGGAGGGCCCAAUGGCGGGGGCGGCGUGGUGGGCGCCUACUGCUCCUGCCGGGACAUGUACAGCCAUUACCUGCUGCUCAAGUCCAUCCGCAACGACAUCGAGUGGGGCGUGGUGCAAGGGGGCGCCGGCGAGGAGGCCCCCGCCCGGAAGAAGGACAAGGGGGGCUCCCUGGACAUUGGCCGAGGCGCCCCCGAGGGCCACGAAGACGACGAGGAAGAAGACGAGGAGGAGGUGGAGGAGGACCUGGAGAAGCAGUUCCACUACCACCUCAGUGGACUCCACACGGUGCUGGGCAAGCUCACCCGCAAGGCCAACGUGCUCACCAACCGAUACAAGCAGGAGAUCGGGGGCAACAGCUGGGGCCACUGAAGAGGGCAGUGGGGAUGGGGGGGGGGGCAACCUCCUGCCUGCCUGCCCGCCCGCCCGGCCACUGCCUCUCCUGUUCAGGGCCAGAGAGUCAGGAGGAGGCUGGAAAGGGCUAGGGGAAAGUGGGGGCCAAAACAGAGUGUGUGUGAGAGAGUAGUUUGUGUGUAUGUGGGGGUGUUGUUUGAUGUGCAACAGGAAUGAGAUGCAAAAGAAUAUUGCCGAGUCAGGAAGAGCAAAGGAGGGGGUUGGACAGGGCCAGAAUCAAAUGUUGGCAAGAGUGAAUCCUGGGUAUCARUGUAUGCGUGAGAUAUUUGUGCAGAUGCGUGGAGAGAUAUUUUUCUAUGAUGUGCAACAGAAAUUAGGAGCAAAMKAAUAUUGCCGAGUCAGGAAGAACAAAGGAGGUUGGACAGGGCCAGGGUCAAAUGUUGACAAGAGUGAAUCCUGGGUGUCAAUGUAUGCAUGAGAGAUUUGUGGGGAGAUGUUAUUCUAUGACAGGCAUGGGCAAACUUUGGCCCUCCAUGUGUUUGGACUUCAACUCCCACAAUUCCUAACUGUUAGGAAUUGUGGGAGUUGAAGUUCAAAACACUUGGAGGGCCAAAGUUUGCCCAUGCCUGUUCUAUGAUGUGCAAAAUAAUAUUAGAGCACCGGGAGGAGGGAAAGGAGGAGGUUGGAAAAGGCAAAGGUCAAAUGUUGGCAGAAGUUAUGUAUGUGUGAAUGAUUUUGGGUGAUGUCUUCCUAUGGUCUGCAAGAAGAAAUGGGUGGAGAAGAAUAUUGCAGAGCCAAGAAGUCAAAAGAAGGCUGUAAAAGUCUAACAGUGGUUCUCAAUCUGUGGGUCCCCAGAUGCUUUGGCCUGCAACUCCCAGAAAUCCCAGCCAGUUUACCAGUGGUUAUGAUUUCUGGGAGUUGAAGGCCAAAACAUCUGGGGACCAACAGGUUGAGAACCACUGGCUAGGUGAAGUGUUGGCCAAAAUGUAGUGUUUGUGAGUGAGUUUGUGAGUGAGAGUGGUUUCUGCAUGUGUAUGGAGAGAUGUUCUUCUAUGGUCUGCAAGACAUGGAGAAGAAUAUUGCAAGGUCAAUUGUGAGUGAGUUAAAACUGAUGCGGAGUACACGGAAGAGAGACGUUAUUUCCAUGCUAGGCACAUCCUGUGACUUUUUGUGGUUGGCAACUGUGAAUGUUCAGGGGGGCAGGGUGAAUCAUCUCUGCCCAAGCAUCGUGGGCAUAAAUUUAGGCAGCCAACUGUAGCGUAACCCAGAUUGGAGGGCACAGUAUGAGGUACAAGUGGCUCAGGCCAGUUACUGAAAGAGUGUGUUUGUAGUCACUUGGAAAGCAGAGUGCACAUGUGUGUGGUGGCGGCGGCGGCAAUAGUAGUGGCAAUUGCAUCACUCCUUUUUCUGUUUUUGCACUACUUUUGUAAUAAUAUAUAUGUAUAUAAAGCCCAGGGGGUUCUCUUCUUUACAUGCUCUUAGAGCUUCAAGCAUCAGAUUUUUUUAUCAGUGCGUGAAGAUGAACUUUCAUCAAUACUAGUUAAAAUUGGGUUUUUUUUAACAGGCAGGGUGAACAGUUUUUGUUCUUCCAUAAAGGCACUUUCCUUUCCAUAUCCUACAACUGGUUAAUAUGAAUCUGCAAGUAUGUCAUUGAAGAACUAUUUAUAUUCCAUUGCAGAGGAUGGAACCAGUUCACUAAUGCGUAUCCAUAUUUCAAUGGAUGGGUAAAGGGUCUCACUGUUGUACAUGCAUUGAAGAUUAUUUAAAACUUUUUUAUUCAGAUGUAGAGUAUAUUCUAAAUAAAUAAGCAAAUAUAUUGACUGAAAUGGACGUAACUGUUUUUAUACUGUGCCUCUACUUGAAUUAAAUGGUAACAUUUACAACA